AUGGGAUCCGCACAAAGUUCUCAAAGUCCGAUCGCAGAAGAUGUCUCACCCAAGAGUGAUCAGAAGGCUAAGCAGGUACUGGAUCCUCCUCUUAACGAGGCCGCAUGCUAUUGUGAAAACGGGAAAAAUAUCCUUGUCAUUGGACCGACUGGGGCGGGCAAGACAUCGCUCAUCAAGUUGGCGACGGGAAUCGAAAUAGAAGCGGGACACUCGGCGGAGACAGACACCAACGACCUGAAUAGCUAUGGUAUUACGAUUGAUGACCAAGCCUUUGCCUUCAUCGAUACACCGGGAUUCAGCGACCUAGAUAACGAUAGCCAUGAUACAGCGAUCAAGAUCUGUCAAUGGCUCUGCGACUACAUCUUUGCGCCAGGUGUUGAGAUCCAUGGCGUCCUAUAUCUACAAGACAUCGGCGUUCCAAAGCGAACAUUGGCAAUGCAGUGUACUGCGGAAUUCCUACAGGCCCUGGUUGGAGAAAAUUCUCAUUCAGGCACCGCGUUGGUAGCAACAAAAUGGGACGCUCUCAAUCAAAAUAAGCUCUCGAGCUUUAAGGCGAGACAAACGGCCUGGCAGACCACAGGGAUUUGGCACCCAUUCGUCAGCACUGGUGCGACAUCAUUCCGACAUUACGGAAUAACCAGCACCGCUGAUGACGAAGAAGCGGACCUUCAAGCUGCCCAGCAAAGUAUGCGGGAUAUCGUAUCUCAUUUCACUGCUGCUGAUCCAGUAAACCUCCAGCUGCGCCAGCAAUUCCGCAGCGACGGCGAAAAGGGGGCAACAGCCAAGUGGCUUACCAAUGCCAUGCCAACUCUUAGUAGAUUCCAUAAACAGCCUAUUUCUCGCGGUGUCUCGGGAGAGGGUUCCUUGCAACAAGACCAGAAAACCAGUGGCUCUUCCAAUUGGACGACCGGCAUUGCGGUAAUUGGAUCUGCGGUUGCAGGUGGUCAUGCAUAUCACCGGAGAGAUGAUAUCAGGAGAGGCAUAAAUACAGGUCGGGAUGUCAUCUCCCGGAUGAAGUGGGAAGUAAAACCGAGUGAUUUUAGCAGGGAUAUGAAACCUGGGGUAUCAUUCGGAGGAAGCCUGAUUGCGACCGCCAAUAUCCAUGUUGCAACUGCAUCAAGCGAGAAUAUUUGCCAUUAUGACGCUGAACCGAAGGGCUGCCAACCUACGCGAAGCGGUUCUGGUGAGAGUGAUCCUUUGGAAACCAGUCGUGGCACGAAUAUAGUGCAUACCCGCCAACCUGCUGAACCGAGCAACGAGUGGUCUAGCGAGGUUCAGGACAAAAUUCGAGAUUUUGGAUACUCCAACCACGGCAGUUACAAUUCCAUGAGCCUAUUGUGUACUGCUGAGCUGUAUGGCGGCCAGGCCACUACUUUAUCUAGCUCCCGUACCACAAACCAGGCCACUUCCCGAAAUGAUGCGAACCGCAAGUAUAAGGAAGCAGUCCGCCAGCUACCUUCACGAGCCUGCAUUGACCUAUUGGUCCAAACCUUUUUCUCUGACAUCAAUUGGCAGUACGACCUGCUUGACGAGGAAUCCUUCAAGGAGGACCUGGUCGCAUGGAGAGAGAUCUCAUAUUCCGACCUUCAAGUGAGCUUCGAAAGAUUACCGCUCGGGACCGUUGUGUUUCCAGCUCUCUUGUUUCAAGUCCUCGCACACGCCCUUCUUUUUCAUCCUCCUCAUGAUGAAGUGAUCAGCUCUCUUAUUACCGUGGCUGGUAUGACCUUCCAUGACCUAGGAGGCGAAUAUAGCGACACAGGUGCUGAAUUACUCGCACUUCUGGGGAAGAAGAAUAUAAAAAUCGCCAUGGUACAAGCAGGUUUGCUACGAGCCUCGUUCUUGAAGAGCAGUGGUAAUGUUGUUGAAGCCUGGCAUACACUUGGGGCAGUAAUCCGUGAUGCACAGGAGAUUGGCCUACAUACCGGACGAAUUGUAUUUGAUCAAUCACCAGUGGGACCGAAGCGCGGGAGAGAAAGUGUUAGUCUUGUGGGUCACAGAGUCUGGGUGGUUUUACAUAUUUGGGACGUCCACAUGGCUGUCGUCCUCGGUCGACCGAUUGCUACCAAUAUUCAAAUCGAUCGCUUCGCUCGCACAGUAGAGGACGAGGAAAACCGGCGAGAAUUAUUUUCCCAUUGGCAAACCGAGACCGAUCCGCCUCGACCAUUUGAUAUCAUCCUCGCCGGCUACAAUGUGGCCUAUCGAUAUUUCAAGGACAUUCACCAACUGGAACAUAACGGUGCUAACUCACAAGACUACCCUAUUGUUGAACACAUUGGUGCUACUAUUAAAAAAAACCUAGAAUGUUUACCCUCUUGGUGCCGUCUGGAAAACCCAGAUACGAAGUUUGAUGGAUUACACGGGUGUCAAUGGCUACCUGUUGCUCGAGAUGGACUAUCAUCACUCAUCCACUUUGUUAUUCUUGCACUUCAUCGACCCUUCAUAUUCUCUUUUGCCAGCAGUCGCACAGAAGCCCUGAAAGCUGGGAUAUCCGUUCUUCACGUACAAGAACGACUAUUUAAACAGUCAGAGCCACACCAGCGCAAGGUGUUUAAUUUUGUCUAUGCUUCUUUUGAUGCGAUUGUUCUCAUUGCAGCACUCUGCCUUGUUUUUCCUAAUGAGGAUCAUGUACAACAAAGAGAGUGUAUUGACGUUGUUAAAAGGGGGAUGCAAAGGCUGAGCAUAAUUGGCCAAUCCAAUUCUAUGGCAGCGUCAGCACAUGAUGUUGUGUGCAGCUUGUACCACCGUUUAGCAUAUCGGUUCGGCAUAUUCGAAACCGCCGAAGACGCUAGACCAUCAUUCACCAACCCAGAAUGGAUCCCUUCCAACAGCAAUACAAAUCUCUCUCAUAUGGCGCCGUCGGAACCUUCUUUUGAUGCCGUUAUACCUCCGCGUCCUACCCAUGACCUAUUCUUCGAUCAUCUUUCAAUAACACAAAUACCAUUCACGGAUACAGCUGACAGUUUUCCCUUGGACCCGCUUACUGUGAACAUUACAGAUAGGUGGAAUUUUGAAGGCGACUUCUCAGAUGCCAGCUUUUGGAGUUUGAUGAACGGACUUAGCCAUUGA